ACCAAGCACACGUGACUCUAUUCACAGUCUGACUUGUAUUUCUGGAAGCGCUUAACUAAUCAACAAUGUAAGGGGAAAUAAAAUGAACGUUACAUUGCAUUCUAUCUCUCAAUCGGUUGUUUAACGCUCUCGUGGAAGGAUACGCCAAAAUGGCGAGGGACACACCUUUCAAAGAAAGGCUUCACAUCGGUAACUGGUGGAUGAGGGUAUUUCUAUCCGAACUUUUUGGAACUUUCAUGUUGGUGUUUAUUACAGAUGGCGCUGUAGCAAGAACCGUUCUGAGCCGUGGAGCAGCGGGUGGUGCUCUGUCACUUAACAUUGGUGCCUCUCUUGCUGUCACCGUGUGUAUUUACAUGACCGGGGGAGUGUCAGGUGGUCACAUAAAUCCGGCCGUAACUCUCUCGAUGUGUAGCCUUGGCCGUCUGAGAUGGUUAGCUCUGCCUGUCUACUGGUUUGCUCAGUUUAUCGGUGCUUUCCUUGGUGCUGCUGUAGUCUAUGGUAUCUACCUAGAUGGUAUCAACAGUUUUGAAGGAGGGCCUUCUAAUCGAUCUCUAGCCACCGCAGUAAUCUUUGCCACAUACCCCAAUGGAUACCCCGAAUCUUUCCUAAGUGUACCAGGAGGAGUCAUGGACCAGCUUGUGGGUUCGGCCCUUCUCGUUGGCGGUAUUUUCGCCAUCUUUGAUAAACACAACAUCAAACCACCUGCGGGGCUUGAACCAAUAGCAGUAGGUCUACUUCUUCUCGUCGUUAAUAUAGCAUACGGCUACAACGCGGGUGCAGCGGUCAACCCUGCAAGGGAUUUCAGCCCGAGACUGUUCACCGCUUGUGCUGGAUACGGAAAGGACAUCUGGGUGACUCCAUCUGGUGACCAUUUUUGGUGGAUACCGCUGUUUGUACCCUUGGUCGGGGGCCCGAUAGGAGGAUGGGUCUACUAUCUCACUAUAGAAGUCCAUCAUCCACAUAAAAUUAGUAGCAGAAAAGCUAAAGGGGAGUCUUUGCAUCUUAUACGAGACGCCCCAGCGGUCGAGAUAUGAGGAUAAUCCAAAGAAGAAUCGUCAUACUUCUCCAACUCUGCUUUUAGAAAUGGUAGUUUGAUAUUAUGUGCGUAUUACAUUCUAGAUGAACGAUGUUAGUUAUAUGUAGAGGCGUAGAUGUAUAGGCUAUGUGGAAGUGUCAUAAUGCUCGUGUGCUUUAAACACUUAAGUGUACCAAUUAUCUGACAAAAUGAUUUGUGUAUAGCUAGAAUGUACACAAUCAACCUUUAAAAAGUUUUUUUUUAUUUAAAUAAUAAUAAAUCACCUGGCGUUCUAAAGGUAUACGAAUAAGGAGUAUGAAGACAAUAAAUGAUACAUAAAACUGAACCAAUAUAUGCGAGAGUGUACGCGUCCGUGAACUAGUCUACGCAACGAAACGUUUUACUGGUCACUAAGCUAAGGCUGGAUUUGAGCUGCAAUAUAUCUUUGUGGAAUUUUGUUUUGAAGGUUUUUAUUGUGAAUACAGUAUAGCUACAUCCAACCUUUACAUCAUGAGCAAAACACAUGUUGGUAAUUUGUAUACUUAAAACCUGUAUCCAUUAAAUUGACAUUUAUUUAUUUAUUUAUUUAUGUAUGUAUUUAUCAUUAUUCCUUUUUUUAGGGGGGAAGAAAGGAUGUUAUGUUUAGUCUUUACAAAAUAUAUAAUUCCUAAGUUAUUAUGCACAAUUGUCUCCGUUUUCAUGAAUGACAAAGCGAUAUGAUCACAGUUAAGCUAUUAAACAUUGGAGGUUUAUUAUA